AUGCUUCGCGGGAAUUCAAAUCAAAGCCCUUUCGUUGAAGUUACUGUAGCAACGGAAGGUUUCGGCAGCUCUGCAGCGUGGCGCGCGAGAAAGGACCACAUUUGCAUGACAGUGGUUACCACCAGGUCGCCUGAGGUUAGCGGCACUUCUGCGUUUUCGCGAUCGUCCACGGCAUGGGAUAACCGAUUGAAGGCUUUCGUUUACAUUCUCGCAGCGGGCUGCAUCGCCGUCGCGCUCUGGUUCGCCUCGUUUGAAGCCGCCACGCUCCUUUUGCAUCCCAGAAUUGAUGCCUCACGAUAUUUCGGGGUUCACAUACUCCGUUUCACGCGAGAAUCGCGGCGGAUUUCAGGGGGAAGACGGGUAGAAACAGCGGGUACAGACUGGCGGCCAAUUCCAGACCGACACGUGGCGGAGAAGGCAGUAACCAUGUCCGUGCUGUCGCUGCCGCAUAAUCCGCUCACGAACCGCAAGAGAACAGCCAAGCUAGCUCUGCUGUUUCUAACGGAUCAGGGCCUCUUGCCCCUAAAGCGCGUAUGGGAUCGGUUUUUUCAGGCGGAGCUCAAGGGUUCCGUAGAGCGCGAGGGCGACAACAGCAAAUUCUCCGUCUACGUGCACUCGGGCGGUACCGGCAUGCGCUAUAACGCGGACGAGGGCCGGUUCCUUAAGCGAAACGACAUCCCCAGCCUUCCGGCGCAAGAGGGCUCCAUAACAACGGUAGACGCGCAGAGGCGGCUGCUGGCAUGGGCGCUAUUGGACCGCGACAACCACUUCUUCCUCUUCCUCCACCACACCGCCAUACCCAUCCAGAGCUUCAGCCGCAUCUACUCGUCGCUGCUGCACUCGCGCCACUCCUUCGUCGCCAUUCGUCUCGUCAGUCCCGCAGCCUCUCAGAAGGACGAGGGGCGCACCUUGUGGGCGCGUGAGUGGCGUGCUGGUACCCUCCCGCGCCUUGCCUACACUUCCGCGGCACAUAACUCACUUCCCUCCCCAUUCGUCCCGCGUGCCCUCCACCCCCCUUUCCCUCUGCGCGUGCAACCCGCCUCUCCCUACCAUCCCGCCAGGGCGGACGAUCCGACGGCCUAUCCGCGCGGGCUGGCGCCGCUGGUUCCGCAGCACAAGUUCGCGCGGAGCUCCAAGUGGGUGGCGGUGAACCGAGCGCAUGCAACGGCCAUCGUGGCGGACUGCAUGUUCUACCGCGCCUUCAAGCUGCACUGCCCUGGGUGGAGGGAGAUGCUUGAGCGGGUGGGGGAGUGGGAGGAGGCGGAGUACGGUGCUGUGAACAUCACUUCUAGAUUCAUCCAGGACAUGCAGGAGGCAACAACAUAUCUCCAUAAAACUCCAGAUUCUGUUAUUAGCCCCACAACCUGUCGAUGGAAUGGUCAGCCCAAACCAUGCUUCAUGUUUGCUCGGCCAUUUCGACCAGACUCUGCAGAUGAGAUAAUGAGCAUUUUACCAAAUGUCCUCCAUUAUUGA